AUGAAGGACAGGCUCGGUUCGAGGCUUCAGAUCUCACCAUGUCGGACUCUGUGGGUAUGUAAACGGACGACAAGGGGUGUCUGGCUGUUGAUCGGGUUGCUGAUCUGUUGUUUUUGCCUGCUAGAUCGAGUCUUCGUCCAUGCCCUCAAUACCGUUAAACGCAUCCCGCGGACGGGCACCGCGAGACCGCCUGCUGCGGAGAGAUUAAAGCUUUAUGGACUGUACAAGCAGAGCAUGGAAGGCGAUGUGGAGGGCGUCAUGGACCGACCCAAAUGGUAUGCUGGUCCUUUCGCUUUUUUGUUUGCUGGUCUUAUCGGGCCGAUGCUGAUCAGACGCAGGGACGCAUGGUACGCCCAGCGCGGGCUCUCCCGCACGGAGGCCAAACGGCGCUACAUCUCCACCCUCAUCGACACAAUGCACCGGUACGCUUCGCAGACCCCCGAGGCGCGCGAGCUCGUCGCGGAGCUCGAGUUCGUCUGGGACCAGAUCAAGUCGAAUACCUCGUCCUCGUCCUCGUCGAGCCCCAUGCAGAAUGUGGGUGUGCCGCCGCUACCCCAGCCGAACUAUGCGAGUAUCGGGGGCCGGUUGGCCCGUCCGAUCUACGAGGAUAUCAUUGCUACCGCGCGGGAUAAUCACAGUCGGGAGCGGAACCAUGGAGAUUCCAGGUUACGUGUACUCAGUCCGGUGAGUCAGCCUGAUGGGCUGUAUGAGCGGCGCGGGAACAAGGACAUGGGGGAUGAGGAGGCACAAGUAUUGGAAGAUGAGGAUGAAGAGGACGAGGACGAGGAAGAGUACGAGGAGGCCCAGGAUACCAUUUACGAGGAUGAUGACGACAACGACGACGACGACGACAACAACAACAACAACAGCAACAGCAAUAGCAACAGCCAAAGCCAAGAGAACAGCCACAGAUUCGAUGAUGAUCCCGACGAGGCGCAGUCCCGAGGUCGAACGCGAGGGUUACAACCAGCAACAGCAGCAGGAGACAAGAAACACCGCGUUGUAAGCUCCGGCGAGCGCGACCGCCGAUGGCGACGGAGGGUCGAGCAGGCCUUGACCAAGAUGACCGCCGAGAUCGCCGCGGUCCGCGAGCAGAUGGAGGCACGGGCACUGGCGAGCCGGCGUCGGUCUGCGCUGUGGACCUGGCUGAAGUGGAUUGUUUGGGUGACCCUACGACAAAUCAUCUUCGAUCUGGCAAUCUUGGGCAUGGUCCUCAUCUGGAUGCGGAUCAAGGGCGACCGACGACUUGAAGAGAAGCUCAAAGUCGGGUGGUCCGAGGUGAAGACCCGACUGGCCAAACUCAAGUCCCUGCGACGGUUUCCUGGAUUAGAUAUGGUCUGA